AUGGCUGCUGCGGGAGCCUCCCCGUCCAGCUCCCCGCGGCUCCCCAGUCCUCCGCCUUUUACGGAAGUUCAAAUCGGGCCCAAGUCGCCCUCGGUCGGCGAGUCCUUUGGCAAGGAUGCCGAAGGAUUGCUCGGAAACUCGAAUGUAGACGAAGAUGUCUCGACAAGGAGGAUCAGACCAGGAACAAAAGCUGACGAUAUGGCGUUUGGUCCUCCGUUGAUUCCGCUCUCGCAGCUCGAUUCCCCAUUCCAACUCCAGGAGCACCUCAAGGCUCUUUAUCAUCAUUACACAAGACCCGAAGGUUCGGAUACAGUCGUUCCGAUCAAUCGCAAUGUUGCUAUCCAGCUCGCGGAGCCUCCCGAGGGCGUCGACCGGUCCCUGUGGCUCUAUGAGCUCUGUCGCUUCCUCACCAUGAAGGUCAACAAUCUUAUCAUCGCUUUCUUCGCCGAGUCUCCCCCUUGUACCUCCCAGACGUGUCCCGAAAUGCGAGCCUCGGAAUGGCAAUACCUUUGCGCUGUUCAUGACCCGCCCAAAUCCUGCUGCGCUAUCGACUACUGCUGUCAUACCCUCGACUGGGCUACCAAUAUCCUCACUUCACCUAAGUACUUCCCCAGUCGGUUGACUCUUGGUUCGGAGGCGGGCGGCGGUCCUCAGGCAAGCAUGAGACAUCUGACCAAUAUCUUCCGUCGGCUCUAUCGUAUCUUUGCCCACGCUUGGUUUCAACAUCGGGAGGUGUUCUGGCAGGUUGAGGGCCAUGAUGGUCUUUACAUAUUCUUCAAGACGGUUUGCGACAUGUACAAUCUUAUUCCGGAAGACAACUACACUGUUCCUGCGGAGGCGGAGGGUUUGGAUGCGCAGCCUCCCGUACAGGAACCGGUCGACGGGCGCCGGUUGACCAUACUGCGUAAGGAGGACGAGAACCCCUUCCCUACGUCCCUGCAGGAUCUGGACGCUUCGUCACUCGGCACCGCUGCCACCACACGACGACACAAGCACACCCCGUCGACGGGGUCUCGCGUUACAACCAUUAGUGAAAGUGCGGAGGAUAUUGAACAAUUCCCACUAUUACCCGAGGAAACCACGGUUAUUGAAAAUCCGGAGCCGCAAGCACCUGCUGAAGCCGCUGAAGAGCAACCGAAAGCUCAGGAACAGGAACAGGAACAGCCAGCAGCUGAGGCUGUCGAGCCAAAUAUUACCGUUGAAGAAGUAGGAGAGACAGCCCCGCAGGGAUUGGAACCGGAGAAGCCGGAAACGAAAGAGCCGGAGCAAGCUCCUGAGCCCGAGAAGUCGGGAGAGGCUGAACAGACUGAAGAGCCAGCCAAGCCCGCAGAGACAAAUGCAGAGCCUGAACCAGCCAAGCAGGAGAGUGAGGCUGAAGCAGCCCCGUCGACGGAAGAUACCCCUGCUCAAAACUCCGAGCCUGAACCGGAAGCAGAGUCGAAGCCAAAAUCCGACAAAGAACCAGAAAAGGAGGCUGAGCCUGAGUCUGAGCAAAAGCCAGAGGCAGAGGCAGAGGCAGAGGCACCAGCCGCGGCGCCAGCAGAACCGGCAUCAGAGCCGAAACAAGAGGCAGAGCACAAGGAAGAAAAAGAGCCUACCAAGGAGUCUUGA